CAAUCGUCCCCUCUGCAGCAACCUUGUUUGCUCCUGCAGAGAUGGUCGAAAAAGCGGAGGAAGAGGACUAUGAAAAAUUGGCAAAGGAGCUUGAAAAUGCUUCCCCGCUCGAGAUUAUGGAUAAGGCCCUCGAGAAGUUCGGAAACGAUAUUGCAAUUGCUUUUAGUGGGGCAGAAGAUGUUGCCUUGAUUGAAUAUGCACAUUUAACUGGACGACCAUUCAGGGUUUUCAGCUUGGACACUGGGAGGUUGAAUCCUGAGACGUACAAAUUUUUUGAUGAAGUUGAGAAGCACUAUUGUAUUCGUAUUGAGUACAUGUUUCCUGAUGCUGUGGAAGUUCAGGCUCUGGUUAGGAGCAAGGGACUUUUCUCUUUCUAUGAAGAUGGCCACCAGGAAUGCUGCCGGGUGAGGAAGGUUAAGCCCCUGAGGAGGGCCCUCAAGGGUUUGCGUGCAUGGAUAACUGGCCAGCGAAAGGAUCAGUCACCUGGCACUCGAUCAGAAAUCCCUGUUGUCCAGGUUGAUCCUGUUUUUGAGGGGUUGGAUGGUGGGAAUGGCAGCUUGGUGAAGUGGAAUCCAGUUGCAAAUGUUAAGGGCAAUGACAUUUGGAAUUUCCUCCGAGUAUUGAAUGUGCCUGUUAACUCAUUGCAUGCUAAAGGUUACAUCUCGAUUGGAUGUGAGCCAUGCACAAGGCCGGUACUCCCUGGGCAACAUGAGCGGGAAGGACGGUGGUGGUGGGAAGAUGCCAAGGCCAAGGAGUGUGGCCUGCACAAGGGCAACAUUAAGGAGGAAAAUUUGAAUGGGAAUGGAAAUGGCAGUGUUCAUGCUAACGGAACUGCCACCCAUGCUGAUCUUUUCAACACCAAGAGUGUAGUAAACUUGAGCAGGCCUGGAAUUGAGAAUUUGUUGAAACUGGAAAACAGGGAGGAACCGUGGCUUGUUGUGCUCUAUGCACCUUGGUGCAGAUUUUGCCAGGCAAUGGAGGGUUCGUACGUGGAUUUGGCAGAACAACUUGCAGGGUAUGGUGUGAAGGUGGCAAAGUUCAGGGCUGAUGGGGAGGAGAAGGCAUUUGCACAGCUAGAAUUGCAGUUGGGAAGCUUUCCUACCUUGCUUCUUUUCCCUAAGCACUCCUCGCGGCCUGUAAAAUAUCCGUCAGAGAAGAGAGAUGUCGACUCGUUGUUGGCUUUUGUGAAUGCCCUCCAAUGAUUAGCAUCAUUCAUCAGUUCCACUGAAAGUAGUAAAUACAUGGUUCUGUAGAUUGAAACAGGGGACAGGGAAUUGGAUCUUGUAGCAUGGUAGAAGAGAGAGACACUGGAAGUUUUCCCAAGAGUUGGUUUGAACUUCGCCAGUUCUACACCAAAUAGUACUUUCUAUUCAAUUUUGUCUUUUGUUAGUUUUGUUGAUUGUGAGGUUCAAUUUUGUAUGUCUAGAUGUGAGCAAAUGUUAAAUUAUCAUCAGUAGCAGUCUUGGUGGAAAAGCUUCAUUUCUCUGGUGUUGCAAUCCCUCAAAUCACAAAAUGAAUAGGGCGGCUUGAGAACAUUGCUAUAUGCAUCGGAUAGAAAGUAUUUUAUAUGUAA